AUGGCUGGAACUGAAUCUGUAGCUCAGGCUAUACGCGACGCGUCGCCCCCCUUCUCCGCCACGUGCCCUGCAGACGACUCGAAUCCUCCCACCGACGUCAUUCUUCGCUCGUGCGACCUUGUCGAUUACCACGUCCAUAAGAUGAUUCUGUCCUUCUGUUCACCCUUCUUCCGCGAGAUGUUCGCAUUUCCCGAACCAGGUCCCGGAGACGCCGAUGCUAAUCCGACGAAAGACGGUAAACCUGUCGUGUUGAUGGCUGAAAGUUGCGCAGCGCUGGAGAAAGUGCUCCUUGUGUGCUACCCGAGACUGGCUGGCGGGCAUACGAUACGAGAUUUGGACGGAGUAGGGGAGGCAUACGAGGCUGUGAAGAAGUAUGAUAUCUCAGGAGGCACUGCGCUGCUUGAAUCGGUCCUGUUGGAUCCCAUUUUCUCACAGCGGGAGCCGUUGCGGGUCUUUGCGCUGGGCUGUUGGCUGAAUCUCGACGUCGUCAUCAAAACGGCCGCUGAGGCGAGCCUCAAGCUAUCUUCUAUUCAUCCUCCCGCGCCGGUGAAGGAGCUUGAAUCAAUCUCUGCGAUCAAGUUAUGGCAGUUUAACGAGUUGCACAUAGCAUUCACCACCAAGGUUCGCGGAUUCUUAUCCGGCUUUGCCGAGCCCCAGCCGCAUGGCAUGUCCGGCUAUGGGAAAGGCUUCUCCUGGACAUCGCGGACGUGGUGGCCAAAUACAUCGCACGACGACUGUCCGCUGGAGUUCGACACCGCGACCGCGACAGAAUGGGCCAUAUACCCUGCGCCGUGGUUUAUUGAGCAUCUCACCCGGAUUUGCCGUGCGCCACACAUAAACGACAUCCCCACCAUCACCCAAGCUAUCGUCCACCUCUCCACGGACACUGUAGCCGAAAUCACCAAGUGCCCCAUCUGUUUGGAACGCGUGCAGAAUGACCUCCACACGCUAGCAAAGAAUUUUGAGGAUUGUGUAGAGUUAGCCCGCGAAACAGUGGGUCUUUCUUCAUCACCCUCAGUCUAUGUUUCUGUAAGAUAA